GGCGGAAGUGACGCCACGCGGAGGCCGGCGCUUCCGGCGUGCAGCAGCGGCGGCCCGGCAGGAGGAGCCCCGGGCCCCGCUCCCGCCUCCCCCGCCCGCUGCGGAGCCCGGCGCCAGUGACAUAGGCAGAGAUGCGAUUAACGCGGAUAGCGAGCGUGGAGCGGGGGCUGUAGAGGGCUUCAGAGGAAAGCGAGGGUGCCAGUCCGCUUAAAGUUGGCGUGGGAGACAGAGCUCAGAUGAAAUCAAAAGAACGAUAAAGUUUGGAGGAGAGAAAGACGCUGCAAUUGCUUUCCUGGUCUGCAGUUUGGCAGGGCAUUAAGAUGUCCGUGGACAUGAACAGCCAGGGCUCUGACAGCAACGAAGAGGAUUAUGACCCUAAUUGCGAGGAGGAGGAAGAGGAUGAGGAUCCUGGGGAUAUUGAGGAUUAUUAUGAUGGGGUAGCCAACGACGUGGAGCAGCAGGGAGCAGAUGCCUUUGACCCAGAGGAAUAUCAGUUCACCUGCCUGACUUACAAGGAGUCGGAGAGCACUCUGAAUGAACACAUGGCCAGCUUGGCUGCCACGUUAAAGGUGUCACAUGCUGUUGCAAAACUUGUAUUAGUUAGUUUCCACUGGCAAAUCUCAGAGAUUUUGGAAAGGCACAAGUCUAAUGCUGCCCAGUUGCUAGUAGAAGCACGAGUACAGCCCACCUCAUCCAAACAUGCAAUGGUACAUUCCUCCCAUAACUGCGCAGUGUGCAUGCAGUUUGUCCGGAAGGAGAACUUGCUUUCUCUGGCUUGUCAGCACCAGUUCUGUCGCAGCUGCUGGGAGCAGCAUUGUACAGUGCUCGUCAAGGAUGGCGUCGGAGUUGGGGUCUCCUGCAUGGCUCAGGACUGCCUACUUCGGACACCAGAAGACUUUGUGUUUCCAUUGCUGCCUAGCGAAGAGCUGAAAGACAAAUACAGGCGCUACCUCUUCAGGGACUAUGUGGAGAGCCAUUAUCAGCUGCAGCUGUGUCCUGGUGCAGAUUGUCCUAUGGUCAUACAGGUACAGGAGCCAAAAGCCCGGCGAGUGCAGUGCAAUCGUUGCAAUGAGGUCUUCUGCUUUAAGUGUCGGCAGAUGUACCACGCACCUACAGACUGUGCUACCAUCCGGAAAUGGCUCACCAAGUGUGCAGAUGACUCCGAAACAGCCAACUACAUCAGUGCUCACACUAAAGAUUGUCCGAAGUGCAAUAUCUGUAUUGAAAAGAAUGGAGGCUGCAAUCACAUGCAAUGCUCCAAAUGCAAGCAUGACUUCUGCUGGAUGUGUCUGGGAGACUGGAAGACUCACGGCAGCGAGUACUACGAAUGCAGUCGGUACAAAGAGAAUCCUGAUAUUGUAAACCAGAGUCAGCAAGCACAGGCCAGGGAGGCCCUUAAGAAGUACUUGUUCUAUUUUGAGAGGUGGGAGAAUCACAAUAAAAGCUUGCAGCUGGAGGCACAGACGUACCAGCGAAUCCAGGAAAAAAUCCAGGAAAGAGUUAUGAACAACUUGGGAACGUGGAUAGACUGGCAAUACCUACAAAAUGCUGCAAAACUCCUUGCAAAGUGUCGUUAUACCCUGCAGUACACAUAUCCAUAUGCCUACUACAUGGAGUCUGGUCCCAGAAAGAAACUGUUUGAAUACCAGCAGGCCCAGCUGGAAGCUGAAAUUGAAAAUCUCUCAUGGAAGGUGGAGCGAGCAGACAGCUAUGACAGAGGGGACUUAGAGAAUCAGAUGCACAUAGCGGAGCAGAGACGAAGGACCCUGCUGAAAGACUUCCAUGACACAUAAGACAGGAGGAAAUGACAAAGUGCAGGGGUGAGAGCAGCAAGUGAAGUGAUGGCAGCUUCACCAGGAUAAGCAGGCACUGCCUCUGGGAGAACACGGCCAAGGACAAAGCCACCCCUCCCCUUGCAAGUCAGACACAUGCAAACACCACAUCUUAGUCCAGUUUGUUCUCUUAUCUUUCUGUUUCUGUUUCUGCCAGGCUAGAGGCCAGAGUCCAGAUUGGCAUAUUUCCUGGGACAUUUCCCUCCUGCCCUUGAUGGUUUCAAAAGGGGAGGGAGUUUUUCUCUGAAUGGCUGUUAAUAGUAUUAGAUCAUUACAACUUAUGUAAUUUUCAACGGUUGUACAAUUAUACAGACAAACCUUAGAAUAACACACAACCCUUUUUAAAAAUAAAUUGGCAGUGGAGUGUUUUUCC